AUGGCUCUCCUCCUCCUCCACCUCUUGCUCUUCCUCCGCCUCGUUACCUCCGGCGCCGCCGACUCGUUUCCAGCCACUGCGAUGUUCGUCCUCGGAGACUCCACUGCCAGCUGUGCCGCCACCACGCUGUCCCUCAACCUCACCCCCCCCUCCUCUUUCUCCAGCCCCUGCCUCUUCCACUCCGGCCGCCGCCGCCUCCUCCCCGACAUCCUUGCCGCCAAGAUGGAGCUCCCGCCACCGCCGCUCAUCUCCACGCUCAACGGCUCAGCGGCCGCGGCCGCGAUGGGCGUCAACUUCGGCGGCGAGGAGGGCGAGAGCGGCGGAGCCGGGGUGUUCCGCAUGGGCGCCGUCGGGCAGCAGCUGCGGCUGGCCGCCGAGACGCUGCAGCUGCUGCGCCUCGAGGCCGCCACGCCGGGCGAGGCGUCCGCGGCCGCGGCCGGCGCCGUCUUCGUGGUGUCCUUCGGCGCCGACGCGUACGCGCGGCUGCUCGCGCGCGGGUCCGAGGCGGACGCGUCGGCGCCCAAGCACGGCCGCCGCGGCUUCGCCCGCCUCCUGGCCGGCCGCGUGGCGCGCGCGGUGCAGGAGCUGUACGAGGCGGACGUGAGGAGGGUGGCGGUGCUGGGGGUGCCGCCGCUGGGGUGCGCGCCGCGGGUGAUGUGGGACGGGCUGCACCUCGUGGACGGCCGCGGGUGCGUGGAGGAGGCUAACGAGCUCGUCCAGGGGUACAACGCCAGGGUGGAGGCGCAGCUGGACGCGCUCCGGCCGGAGCUGCCCGGCGCCGACAUCGUCUUCUGCGACGUCUACAAGGGGGUCAUGGAGAUGAUCACCAAUCCGGCCGCCUAUGGGUUUGAGGAGGCGAGGGACGCGUGCUGCGGGCUGGGCCCGUUCGGUGGCACCAUCGGGUGCCUGACGAGGGAGAUGGCGUGCCCCACACCGCAGGGACACGUCUGGUGGGACCUGUACAGUGUCACGGAGACAGUGAACACACUGCUCGCGGACUGGGCCUGGUCGGUGCCGCCGUCGACGGACUCCGACACGAGCAUCUGCCGCCCCAUUACCCUGCAGCAGCUUGCCGGGCGAGCCGACGCGCCGCCGCCACCGGUGAUGGUGUAG